GAUGGUAAAAGCGGCCACACGCCACUUCACCACGCUAUUGACCAGGAAUGUGGCGAAAUUUUGCAGUUGCUGGUAGCUGAAGGAGCAAACAUUAAUAGACCAAAUUAUUCUGGUGUAACCCCAAUACAAAAUGCUAACUGUUGUCGUAAUGAAGCGAUCUCAAAGAUAAUUCUUUCUCAAGAGACAGUCCCACCCACUACAACACCGGCUCGACCAUCUGCCAUACAACCUACUUCAGCAGCAGUAGUUACCAGCCCCCAAACAACAAAUGUAUCAACAAUAUCAAGCCCGAGUGCCACAAACACAGCCAAGGUGUGAUAUUAUUGGUAUAUGCAGAGCCGCCGAGAGGGGGGGAGGGCAAAUUGCCCCGGGCCCCCGCCUUAAUAGGGCCCCAACUUGAGAGAGAGCCUAAAAUUGAGUAGGUUCUUUAAAUUGGUCAGAUAAUUUUUGAAAGCGAGGGCCCCUUGCAGUAGCUCCACAUCCCUCCGCAUGCAGUCUAGCUAAGGUCUAGUUGGGUGACUGACUUGGUUCUAGCUUAAAAAUAAUGAUGUCAUGGGGCCUCCAGAGAAGAUUUGCCCUGGACCCCGCAAAUUCUCUCGGCGACCCUGGUUAUAUGGUAAAAUUACAAACCAUGGGAUAGACAAUCACAUACUGUACGCCAAGUAUUUUAAUGAAAACGUACUUUCCUACUUUACUUGUAAACUAAAGUAUUACUUUUCACAUACACAUGUUGGCAUCUUUGUCUCCCACGCUCUCCCCUACAAUGUUGGUUUUGACAUGCAUUUCACAAAGCUUUCACCUAACCAAUAUAAGCUUUCAACUACACACGUAAAAACGCACAGGUUGUAACAAACCUGCAGCAGACUUGUAGCAAUGCUGUUCCAACAACUUGUCAACAGGAUGUGUUCGCACUGCUUGUUCCCGGCUUGUUGACAAGUUGUUAACGGCUUGUUGGCAACUUGCUACAAGGUUGUUGAGCUCGACAGACUCGAUACUGCAUAGCCUUGCCACAAACAUAGUACGAAUUACGAAGUGUUCAUGCAAAGUGUUCAAAUCAAAACAAAGAUAGUUCUUCCACUUUGAAAUGUGAAAUUGCCAUUAAAUUUCGAAUUUUCACAAUUUGCCGGAGCUGGAAAUUUUCUGCCGGCGUUUUUUUCUCCCGGAGCCGGAGGUGAAAAACCCGGAGUUCGCACAGCACUACACACGCAAAAAUCUCCUUUCCAACAACUUGUUAUCGUCCUGCAAUUCAACAAUUUGUCAACAAGUUGCGAGUGACAACCUUGUAGCAACUUGAUAAAACAACAGCAUUGUUACAACUUGUUGACAAACUUGCUACAAGCCUGUUGCGAACACAUCUUGUUGACAAGUUGUGAGAUUUUUGCGUGUGUAGUGCUGUGCGAACUCCGGGUUUUUCACCUCCGGCUCCGGGAGAAAAAAACGCCGGCAGAAAAUUUCCAGCUCCGGCAAAUUGUGAAAAUUCGAAAUUUAAUGGCAAUUUCACAUUUCAAAGUGGAAGAACUAUCUUUGUUUUGAUUUGAACACUUCGCAUGAACACUUCGUAAUUCGUACUAUGUUUGUGGCAAGGCUAUGCAGUAUCGAUGCGAGUAUUUACUUUUUCGUCGAUGGAUUAAGGAUUUUUCGCCGACAGUAGUUUGCAGUACAAAUAAGUGCUGCCGGAGUUUAACAAACUCCGGCAAAUUAGGCCAAAACUCCGGCGCGCAGCACUACUUUCAACAUUGAACAGGGGGAGGGGGAAGUUAAAAAUUGCUGUUAUUUGCAGGUAUUUCUAUUUCCAUGCACGCUGUCCACAAUAAUUUUUGCAGGAUUGUAGCUCAAAUAGUGUGGCAUGAAAUACCAUGGAAACAAAAUUGUUCCUUUCAACCCCCAACCUCUCAAUCCCCUGUUCUUUGAGAAGUUGAAAAUUUGAAUCCCUCAAUUUCCUGCCAGUUUUGGGUCCAUAUAUAGUCAACUAAAAAAAUAACAAUUUUAGCAAAAGCAUACCCUUCGCCCAGUAGGGGAGUAACUGUUUUACGACUUUUCGUACCGCAGCAUAUACAAGGCUCACGGGAGAAUGGACGUUUGGUUUUGCUGCGCAUGAAGUUAUUUCAUGUAGUUGCUAUUCAUAAUAGUGGUUAAUUCUUUUCCAUUUGUUUUUUUUGUUUUUUUCAGGAGAGUGAAAACAAAGCUGAAACGCUGAAGCGCAGAUUUGAAUCAUCACCCUCAACAUCAAAACGUGCAAGGACCGAAGUUGCCAAAUAA